AACGAAGAACCGGUACAAGUUGUGUACUAGAAGUAUUUGUGUGCGUGUGUGUGUGUGCAGGCAAGGAAGGAACGGAAUUCCGGUUUUGCCAGCACGUCACAAUUGCUAGAACAAGAAAGAACCCCUGCGAAAAAGGUCUGCCACCGCAUCUGUUUUGCGAUGGAUCUGUUUCCAAUACCAACCAGCGAGCGGGGACGGGAGCGGGACUCCUUGUUUCUACGAKACGAGACCAAUCGCGAGCAAGGGUUCUAACUCUUCUUCCCUUUCUUCCGGGGGCAGGCGGAUCCCUCUGGAAUUCAUAGAACGGGAGGACGAGCACAAGAAGACAAGACAAGAGGGACGUGGCCGAACGACCAGAUGCGACGAUAACAGAUUGGGUCUCCGGGUAAUGGCGUGGCUGCCGUUUGGUUCGGCAUCGUAGAAGAACACACGGUUCGCAGUACGACUACGCUUGCCUGUCUUGCGAAACUUUGUUCGCGAAAGCAUCCGCUGCGUUGGGGGUUUGGAGUUCUGAGUUCUCCCUUCGGCGAUCGGUAUCGUACCGUACGGCGCGGAGGGGGCUCGAGCACUUUUUGGUAGAACUGAACUCUUCGUAUCGCAGCCACCCGGCAUCGCAACAGCUUCCCGAUGUGGUUUGCCCGCCAGGAGCGCCGUGGGAUAAGAGCGGGGCAACACCGGCAUUCUGGCACGACAGGUUACACAACACAACACAUUCCGGCGGCAGGCCAUAGGGGCGGGGACUCUCCGUCCGUGCGCGUGUGUGCCGAUCGGAAAGCCUCGAGCCGCGAGGAACUGACUGWUGCUUUCUGCUGUGCGGUGCCUAUCGAUUCCCCGGUGUUCCUUUGCUUCUUUUGCUUUUUGUCGGACAUUGUUGCUUGUGUUUCUGCUUUGCUGUGAUGUGCUUUGCUUUGCUGUGAUCUCCUCGCGGGUCGUGCUCGACACCAUGGUUUGGAGUGCUACCGAGACAACUCGUUGUGCCGGCGGCCUGCUGCCUCGAAAGCUGCGUCUGGGCAGGGGCUCUCGUGUCGCACGCGUGUUUUGCCUCCAGCAACCUCCCCACCCCAGUUGGGGUUUUGCUUCUACUAGACUAGACAAGACUAGACUAGUAGCUGUAAAGCUUCAACCAGCAGAUCUAGCUGUGCUCCACAAGCUAGACUCGCUAGUACCGAGAGAGCUGGGUUAGCCAAGGGAGGUUGUGUGCGUGUGUGUUGAAGUACAACUUGUGCGCUUGUGAGGAUUGACAACAUCAACGCGUGAACGGAACUAAAUGAACAAAGAGUGA